AUGAUCCUGCUCAAGAACACACAAGCGAUUCUCAAACUGCCAAAUCGUACCGUGAAAAAGCAGAUCCAGCUGCUGCUCACCGCGGCCGGAUAUCGUGAUUGGGAUAUCGGGGUCUGCCUUACGGGAGAUAAAGCGGUGCGACAAUUGAACGCUCAGUACCGGGGCAAGGACAGGUCCACGGACAUCCUGUCCUUUCCUUUCGCGGAGGCUGUGCGCCCGGGUGUCUUGCCGACCCCGCGCUCAGAGGACGAUAAGAACUUGGGCGAUCUCUUUAUCUCGAUGCGCUAUGUCAACAAAUGGUGCAAGGAGCACAAGGUCGACAUUCAUGAAAGGCUGCCAGUACUUUACGCCCAUGGCAUUUGUCAUUUACUUGGGUAUGACCAUCAAGACGACAAGGACUUUUCAGUGAUGAAGCGGAAAGAAACCAAGAUCCUGAAUAAAAUGAAAGAAUGGCAGGCCAUGCUUGAGGCACAAGAACCUCCACCCACAAAUCCACCAUCGUAGAGAAACACGCCAUUGCUAGCAACUUCAUCCUGUGUACAUUAAAAAC